AUGAGAGUCGCCACGCUACUCUCGUUUACCUCUCUCACCUACGCCAAAAACAUCAUUCCCACCACCUGCUUCGACUCUUACACUUCCCUCGAAGAAUACUUCUCCUACCUCUACCCUUGGGGGAGCGACCACAACGGCUCAGCCCGCAUGGUCGGCAACUCGACCGACCACGACUACAUCUCCGUCGAAUCGGGCACAUUGACUCUCCUCGCAAAGCCGGUCAAAGGCCAGGAGCCUACCAGCGGAGGCCAGGAGAUCAACUACCUGUCCGGGGCCGUGCAUUCCAAGAAUACGUUCACGGUUGAAGCGGGCUCCGGCUUCGACAUCGAGGGCGAGUUCCAGGCGACUACGGACAAGGGCACUUGGCCAGCUUUCUGGUUCAAUAGCGCGAAGACCUGGCCGCCAGAGAUUGAUAUGGCGGAAUGGAAGGGCUCUGGGCAACUUACUUUCAAUGUUUUCAAUACCUCGUCUGAAGUCAUGAACCAUAAUGUAGACUAUCCCUCGCCGAAGGAGUUCCACAAAAUUAAAACUCAGAUCCGCGCCGAGAAUGAUGCCGAUAUUUGGGUUAAGUAUUUCCUUGACGAUGUGGAGGUUACCACUCAGUAUGGAAAAGAUUAUAUCGGGAAGCCUUUGUACUUGAUUAUCAACUUGCAGAUGGAGGGAUCGUCCGGAACUCCUGGACCUAGUACCGAUACUUACUACCGUGUGAAGAACUUGUCUAUCGAUCAGAUCUAG